UUCGCAUUGUUUAAAAUUAAACCAGCUUUUAACAUCAGCUCUGAUGAGCUAGAGAAAAAAUAUAUUGGGCUAAGCAAAACUGAUCUAAAUGAAAGACAGUUCCAUACAUGAGAAAUAUCAACAAAGCUUAUCAGAUGCUAAACUUAAAUAAAGAACCUCCAAAAAAGUGCGGAGCAUUUGCUGAACCUUUUUGGUGCAAGAAGUCAAAAGGAUCAACAUAACUUUGAGAUAUUAAAUGAAUCAAUAAUAAGGGAGUACUUACUGGAUUACAAUAAUCUGCAGUUUGCAAGUGGUAUGAUUGAUGAAAAAAUAAAAGAUUGCAUUAAAAAUCUAACUGAUAAUUUUGCCGUAAAAAAUUUUGAUGAAGUGGCAAUACGAGUUUUGAGAUUGAAAUACUCAUAUAAAUCAUUUUAAGAGAUAAAAAAUGCGACCAAUUCAAAUUUC